AUGGUGCUCGGCCGCCUCACCCACUACGCCUUUGACGCCGUCCUCUUCUCCGCCUUUCUCGCCGGCGUAAAGCGAUCAACAGGCCUUACCAAGGAACGCAAACUAAUCACAACCCAGCNNCCCAGUAUCAACGAAGACAAAAUCACCGACAAUGAGACUGCCAAAUCGUGGAUCACGAGGUACCUUGCCAUUGGCGAGAUUGUCAUGGAUCAGAGUGUUGCCGUCAUGAGCUCGAGUGGUUGGUUCGAGCGCAAGCGAUAG